UUUUAAACGUUGAGCUCCUGCAGCUGCACUUGGGAUAUUCUUUGGGCAGCAAACGCAGUGACACUGAAUAAGUGACCGCAUGCUUUUAUUUGACCGUUCUUUCAUCUUAUGACAUUAUUCAGUAUUAAAAUAGAAGAGCAGAGACAAAUACAAUAGAAAGCAAACAACUACCCAGAAAUUCUGUGACUAUUUGGAGAAAAGGAAGGUGGGGGAAGUGAAGAGAAAUUGCUGUGGAUUUUACCCCAAAAUUCCCUAUAGAUUUCUAAUGCCCUUGCACAUGUGCUACCUUGAUUGUGAUUAUUUAUUACUCAUACAGACCUUCAAACCAUGCCCUCCAUCCCCCCCCCCCCCCCCAGAUAAAAAUACAUCCAAAAUGCACAACUUUGCAUAGCCCCUUUUCCCUCUUGCUUAGCUAUGGCCCUGGAGACAAAGAUCUACCUUCAUAUUCUAUCACACCAUUCACCCGCGGGUCUCAAAGCACUUCAUAAAAAUGAAGCUUUGCAAUGCCCUCUGCAGGGUGGAUAGUAUUAUCUCCAUUUUACCCAGGUGGGGAUUAUCCAUGAGUCUGAGAAGUGCUGCAACAAAAAGGUCAAUUAACUUUCUUGAGGCCAUAUUGCAAGUCAGUGGACAAGGCAGGGAAAGAACCCAGGCGUUCCUAUGCCACCCAUUAGUGAAUAUUCUCAUUAAAUACUACCUUAGCUAUAGCUCCUUCCCCUAACAUGAUGGGGGAUGCCUAUGCAACACACAAAAGUUGUCUCUGCGCCAGCUACUCCUUCUUACCCUUGUGAUAUCCUGCCUAUUAGAGGCAUUUUCAAAUCAACAGUAGAGAGAGAAACAGAAAUGAAAGGCUCCUACAUUCCUUCCAGCUUUCAAUCACGUUUCCAGAGCAAUUGGGCUGGAAAGGUUGCUCACUGGUGAGCUCUGCUAUGAAUAGAAGCAAUGAAUAAAUUACUGCAGCUGACAAAUUAGAGCUGUAGAGCUUCUCCAGCAAGAGGGAAGGGUUCACAGAGAAAGCAGUGCAGUGAAAAUCCAUUCCCCAACCCUGUACCCAGGAGAAAAAGAUCCAGCCUGCACAGGCUGCCUCUGGAACACAUCCCCCUGCAGAAGAUUCCAGUCUUGCUCUUCUAGGAGCUACUACCACACUCUGCAAGAACAGGACCAGACUUUGCCAGACGGGGAAGGGAUUUUCUUGAAUCAUAAUGGCUAAAUGGCCUGAGUUUUAUUGCUUGGAGAACUCAGCCAGGAAUGGAUCAUCAAGUAGCAUGUAAACCGUCCGAAAAGUGCAAAGACAAUAUCCACCUUCUGAAGCAGCAGUCUAAGGGCUAACGGUAAAUUAAUUAAUUUCCACUCUAUACUUUAAUGUGUCUAGGAAUUGUGUGUUUUUGCAGACACCGGGUCUGAUCCUAAUGGGAGUCUCCAGAUGGCUUGCUCCAGAGUUAUUUGUGCGUGUGUAUAGGAGCUUGGAGAACAAGGAGCACAGAAGGUUGGGCACCAGUAAAUCCGGUUCCUAAGUCUGGCAUACGGAAUGAAAUGUGUCCUCCUGAUACAUGGUUAGAAUGGCAAGGACUUACUGGGGGAUCAGAGGAGUCAUUUCAACUUGUGAAAUAGUUUAUUUAAAGAACACCACGCUCACCUCACUUCCUCCUUAUGUCCCCUUGUGCAGCCCCCAUUCAUGUGUGCUGCUGGCAGCUGCAGGUAUGACAGGAAACAUGGCUGGCUGUCCGAUGCUUUAACAAGGCCAAGAAACCUGGGGGUUUUCCCUGCUCUGCCACUGAUUCAGUGGGUGUCCUUGGAUGAAUCAGGUAGCCUCUCUGUGUUUGUUUUCCCAUCUCUAAGAUAGGAGUGCUAUUUUGGAACAUUGUGAAACUUAAUUAAUUUGUGGUUGUAAACAUAACAGAGGAAUUGCCCUACCAGAUCAGAGUCUACCUAGUCCAGUAUCCUGCACAGACUGUGAUCAGCAACAGGUGCUUCAGAGUAAGGCACAAGACAGCCCCUUCUGGAAUAACAUAUCCACAGGAAAAGCUUCUUCCAAACUCCCAUGAGUCAGAGGAGGGCUUAGCCCUGAAGAAUGAGGGUUUAUAACCCUUCUUAAGCUUUGUCUAUACUGUGCAGUAGGGGAUACGAGUCCCCUGCUCAUGUACACAUGCUUAAGCUAGAUUGAUGAGAGCUAGUGUGAGUACAACUAGCAGGUAGCCACUGUAGUAUGGGUAGCAGCAGCAGAUGUACAGCUUGGCUAUGCCGAGUACAAAUGCACCAGACCCCUGUGGACAUGCACAUGGCAUGACUAAGCUAUGCCUAUGCUACUGCAGUUACGCAGCUCUUUAUACUCAUGCUAGUUCAAUGAGAGCUAGCAUGUGUAUGCGAGCGGAGGAAUCACACCUCUUGCUCAUAGCGUAGAUGUAACCCUAGAGGGAAAAAAAUGAAUUCUUUGUAACAUCACUGGGGAUGUUCUCACUGGGUGUAUAUAAACACCUAAUUGUUUUUGAAUCCUGCUAAGCUCUUGGCCUCAGUAGCAUCUUGUGGCAAUGAGUUCUACAGGCUAUUUCAUUUUAUCAGUUUUAAAUUAGCUGCCUUUCAUUUUCAUUGACUGUGCCUUUGUUCUCAUAGUGUGGGAAAGGCUAAGGAAGCUAGAGAGGAGUCAAGGAAUCCAAUUGGAAGUUUUGGAAAGCUAGAAAACAGUGAAAGGUUUUUAUUCUUGAAAUCAAUUGGCUCUGUUUCAUGGCUAUUCACUGAAAGCCAUGAGACAGAGGCUGAUAUUGUGUCAUGCAUGAAAUAUUAGCCAGCCAUCAAUGUGGAUAUUAGAGGGGUUAUUUUAGACCUAAAAAUAAGGAGAGUGCUUUGAAUUCCUUGGGCAGAAAGGUGCAAACUAUUAAAAAUAUGAUCCUUGACAAAAUAGCCUUCAGCUGCACUCCGUACUAGAUGAUAAGAGCUCUGGCCUGAAGAACAGAAGGUACUGACUGCAGGAAAGGGGAGUGUUGGAUGUGAUGUUUACUUGCACUGGAUUUGCAUUAUUUCAGGCUUUUGAACUGGCUUCCUUCCUCACUUUGCCAACCACACCAGGAAGAAGGGAUGGCUAAGCUCAUAGCAACAAUUAAUAACACCAGAGGAGUCUAUGGGAGCCCAGAAUCCUGGAACCCAAAGCACACUGAGAAUGCCUCCUUGCCCAACUUUACACUGACUUUCACGUUUCGCCAACGGGCCACUGACCAAGCACUGAAUGGAAUCCUCAUUGCUGUCCUCAGCAUUGUCAUGGUGUCACUGGGGUGCACCAUGCAGCUCUCCAAGAUCAAGACUCAUUUCUGGAAACCUAAAGGGGUGGCCGUUGCUGUGGUGGCUCAGUAUGGCAUAAUGCCUCUGACAGCCUUUGCCCUGGGAAAGCUCUUCCAUUUGGGACCUAUUGAGUCUCUGGCUGUGCUCAUCUGUGGUUGCUGUCCAGGUGGAAACCUCUCAAACAUUUUUAGUCUGGCAUCAAAAGGAGAUAUGAACCUGAGCAUUGUGAUGACCACAUGCUCAACGCUCCUGGCACUUGGGCUGAUGCCUCUUCUACUGUAUCUUUACUCAAGAGGGAUGUACCAGGGCAACCUAGAGGGCAAAGUACCUUACAAGGGAAUAGUCAUCUCCUUGGCCAUGAUGCUCAUUCCCUGCACCAUUGGCAUCUUCCUGAAGGAGAAGAAGCCACAGUAUGCUCGCCUCAUCAUCAAGGCAGGGAUGAUUGUGUUGCUUGUAUCAUCUGUUCCAAUAAUUGCUCUGUUUGUGACAAGUGUUGGAAACAGUUUUUUGAUCAUCUUCUCACCACCCCUACUGGGAAUGUCUGCCUUGAUGCCUUUUAUUGGUUUCCUGCUUGGCUACAUGUUAUCUUCAUUUUUCAAGCUCAAUGACAGGUGCAGGCGGACAGUCUGCAUGGAGACUGGUUGCCAGAAUGUGCAGCUCUGCUCUACCAUCCUCAGAGUGGCCUUUGCCCCUGAUGUCAUUGGACCCCUUUUCUUCUUCCCGUUCCUAUACAUGGUAUUCCAGCUUGGAGAGGGCUUUCUCCUGAUACUGGCAUUCAGGGUUCAUGAAAAGCUAAAGAAACCAAACGAUACAGCAAAAAUGACCUACACAGCUGUGGAUGAUAUUGCACAAGAAACAGAACCACCAGCAAAAUAGGUGGAUACUACAGAAGCACACCUCAGAUACACCCACCAGUGCUCCAGGUUAUAGCUUCUGCACCAUUUGCUGAACUCCACCAGUUUUGCAUGGAUUGUGCACCACUGUUGCUUUUAAAACAAAGGUGUGAGCAGAUCCUCUUACAGGCCCACUGCCCCCUCUCCUCCAUUGGAUGUUCUCUAGAAGGGGCACCAAGUGCCACAGGCUAUAGCAGGGGUCAGCAACCUUUCAGAAGUGCUGUGCCGAGUCUUCAUUUAUUUACUCUAAUUUAAGGU